AUGGCUAGCAUUCCUCAAGCGAACCUCGCCCUCGAAGGCGGCGAUCCUCGAAAGUCUUUGCAGACAGAGAACAUUACAGCCGAUGGAGUAGGACGAAUUGAACAUUUCAAUGACCGAGUAGUAAGCUUCGAGGAGUACAUGUACUACGCUGCGAUCACGCGUGCCGAGGAAGAAGAGGCCAAUGCUCGAUUUAUAGCUGCUCGUGGUCCCCGAACAAUCAAGAAUAUAAUUAAGGGGCGAUUCGUCAAAGGCCCGAUAGAACAAGCCGCAUCUACGCCUCAGAUAGCGGAUUCCCUCUCUACGAAGGGAACCGAAGAGAAAGGCCACCAUGACAGCGCCCUGCAAACCACGGAGAGAACUAGCAAUGGCAAUUACGGGGUUACAGAAGCCCAGCGGCAGACCGCCGAUCGAGCGCUGAGAACUGCUAGUUGGGGUACGAUCUUCUAUCUCAUUACGACCGACAUCUUGGGUCCGACGGGAGCUCCCUGGGCAUUUGCCCAAUUAGGUUAUGGCCCAGGCGUCGCGCUGUAUACCGUCUUUGGUGCUAUGUCGUACUACUCGGGAUGGAUCCUCUGGAAGGUCUUCUGCGGGCUAGAUUCCAAUAAGUUUCCCAUCAGGGGAUACGGCGACUUCUUCUUUCGCAUAUUCGGCGCUGGUGCUCGUCACUUCGUUAACGUAGCACAGGCCCUUCAGCUUCUGCUCACCGUGUCGGUUCUUAUUUUGAGCAAUGGGCAGAGCAUCUCCCAAAUUAGUCGCGGCUCUUCCGGAGAUAGUAUGGGAAUCUGCUUCGUAGCAUGCAUGCUCAUUUUUAUGGCUGCCGGAUUCAUACUAGGACAGAUUAGAACUCUCCAACGGCUUGGUUGGCUUGCCAAUGUUUCCGUUUGGCUAACAGUAACCCUCGUAUUGAUGUGUAUGGCUUCUGUGGGAUAUGGACCGAAUUACGCCGCGAUAGAGACAAGUUUCGGUUUGCCUCCGGGUAUGCCUAUCCAAACAUUUGCCGGGACACCUCCGCCAGGACUAGCGACAGGUGGUGAAGGAUUCAUCGGCUCUCUGAACGGAUUAAAUGUGGCCGUGUAUGCAUACGGAGGAGCGUUGCUCUUUGCGGCUCUCCUGGCCGAGAUGAGGCACCCGAUGGAUUUCUGGAAAAGCCUACUCGUCGCCGAGGUAUUCAUAUAUUCGAUGUACAUCUUCUUCGGCAUCUUCAUCUAUUCGUAUCAAGGCCAGUAUACGUACAAUCCGGUGGUCCAGGGAAUUGCGGUCUACGGCAUCCAGACAGCCGGAAAUAUCUUGAGCUUAGUUAGUAACCUCAUCGCGGCGGUACUAUACAGCAACAUCGGCCUUAAGGUCGUAUACGUCGAGGUAUUUCACGAGCUCUUGAAGUUCCCGGACUUGACGACUAGGCCGGGCAAGAUCUGGUGGGCCGCGCUCAUUCCGGUAUACUGGGCGAUUGCUUUCAUCAUAGCUGCGACCGUGCCACAAUUCUCGUACAUCGUUGGUUUGGUCGGUGCGCUCUUCAUUCUAUCUUUUACCUACACAUUUCCAGCUUGGCUUGCCGUGGGCUAUUGGAUUAAGAAAGACGCAAUCAUCGAGGCUGAGGAGAGAUUUGACCCGACGACCAACACGUACAACUAUGUGGACCAUGGCUGGAAACGAUGGAGACGGGGUUUUAUGAAGAAACCGUUCUUCAACUCAUUCAACAUUUUUUAUUUUCUUGGCGCCUUGGUGACGUGCGGUCUCGGCUGCUACAGCAGCAUCGAAAGCCUACGUCAGGCAUUCGACAGUAACAUUGCCACAAGCCUUUCCUGUACGCCUCCUCUUUGA